AUGGCUGUCCUCACGAGCAUAGGCCUGAAAGACGAUCUUCCAGACCUAAACGACACCAGGAAAGCCAUCGAGAACGCAGAAAGUCGAGCUCUUCUCGAUCACAGAAAGUUCGACUCGAAAGUUCCACUGAAAAAUAAUCGAGAAUACGCUCAGGCCCUUCAUCGCGAAGCGGAUCAGCUGUAUCGCAGCGGUGAUUACGAGACGGCAUUAGUGCUGUACCAUAGAGCGGCGAACUUGUAUCCGAGGGACAGCAGUCAUUGCGUGGCAGCAAGGAGGACCGCAGCUACGAUAAGCUCCUGCAAUAAUCCGUCGAAAGCCCUGCCGAAGGUUUUACCCGGUUUGGGCGCCGCCGACCGAUUAACCAUCGCCCUCUGCCCGGAAACCGCCGCCAUCAUGGUGAACGAGAAGCUGAAGAAGUCGCCUGUACCGUCCUCUGUCACUGAGCUACUUGGCUAUUUCGACAAUCACAAAAGCUACUGGAAGACUCUCCCUUCCUCAAGAAUCUCCAACACUCAGCUAGCCCGGUCAAAAAUGAUGAUAAAGCAGCUCAACAACUUAGCAGAGUCUUCUCUGAAGAAUCUCCAAGCGUCCUUCGACUCUGGAAAAAUGUCCACAGCUCUGAAAACAGCCCAAGAUCUUCUAGAGCUGUCUGCAGGAUUCCCAGACCCUACUCGCUACCAAAUUGCAGCUUAUCACUACUUGUCGAUGAUCCACGUAGCCUUAGGAAGACACGAUCGAGCAGUCUGCAACUCUUCUCGACUCGUACGCCUCUCGAAGGGCACAGGUGACGUUAUUCAGAUCUGCAGAUCAUUGGUGACCCUUGGAAAAGUGCAUCUCAGCUUUGGACACUUAGAAGCAGCAGCUAAAGCUUGGGAACACCUGUCGAAAGACUUGAAAGAGUCGAUUCCUGUGGCUUGGAUUCACCAUGAGAUUGGAAGGUGUUACUUGGAGACUGGAAAGUACGAAAAAGCUAUGGAAAUGGGAGUUAGGUGCGUGCAGGCAGCUGUCAAGGGUAAAUCGAAGAAGUGGAUGCUGUGUGGGAAGUUACUGAUAGGCCAGAGCCUAGCGAAGCUAGGCCGCUUCCUCGAGUCUCUCGAGGAGCUGCAGGUAGCCGCGAAGAUCACCGAGGAGGAAGGCGACACACCGUUACUUUCCUAUAUCCGCGAUCUUAUCGACCAGGUGGCCCGUCUCCUACGUCCUAUUCCCUUCGAGAAGAACUGUUCGAAGGUGACAGAGGCGAGGAUCACCUCGUCGCAGGAGGAGAACGACAAGAACGAGGAGGAGCUGCGGACCAGUCUGUUCGUGAGCUGCGAGGAGACCGUGAUAACUACCAUGUUCUCGCAGAGGCGGGUGAUUACCAAGCGUCGAAACGACUCCAGCGACGAGGAGGAGGCGUCGGUCGACGGGGACGAGCAGAUAACGACGUAUUCAGGGAACACGGCCAACCUGAUGCAGUCUUAUCGCGAGAGCGCUGCUCCAUCUGAUCUCGAAGACGAACAAGGCGGUUCGACGUUCAGAGUGGCGAACGAGGAGGAGGUUUCUUCGUCUUCUACGUCUUUGUUGUCGUCUUCCUCCUCUUCUUCCUCGAAAAAUGAUAUCGAGAGCACGGAGAGAGAGGAAGAGGCAGAGAUUUUAGAAGAAAUAAACACUCUGAAUCGUGGAAGUGGUAGCAAAGUGUCUCUGAAGAGCGCAGACACUUCGGUCACUUACAUUAUCGAGGAUGAAUCGUGCAAUGGGAAAUCGAGGAGAGAAAUUUUAUCGUCAGAACAGGUGGAGCGAGUAAUAAACGACGACGAUGAAGAUGAUAAGGGUUCGGAGAGAGUUAGAUACAGUGAGCUGGGCGAGAAGGACGAAGUGGAGCUGUUGGAGAUGGUUAGGUUUUUGGUGACAGAUGGAGAGGGUUUAGGGAAUUCUGGGGAUGGUUUUCAAACGCCCAGAUCUGGUCGGGAUAGAGAGAACGAGGUCGGGGUGAGUCGGGCUUGCCUUAGGACCUCUUUGCCCGCGACUCCGCGCAAGUGUGACGCUGACGGAGAUUUUCAGGACUGCGAAGAUCCUUUGAAUGUCGGUUAUUGA